ACGUGAAUGCUGAUUGGAGUACUCAGGGCACGCACGCACGCCACGCACGCAGCGUCAAACCACUGUCGACCAUGGCGGAAUGUGUUCGACUUGACAGCAGCACAAGUAGUAAUACCAUGGAUAAAAGCAUUACGCUUCCGCCCGACGAAAUAUUCCGCAAUCUGGAAAACGCAAAGCGGUUCGCAAUAGACAUAGGUGGAUCUCUCACAAAGCUCGCCUACUAUUCGACUGUUCAACACAAAGUGGCUAAAGUACGCUCUUUCGACCACGCUACAAAGGAGGCUCCCAGUGACAAGCUCUAUGAAAUAUCUGUGCAGGAAGAGGUCACAGCACGCCUGCACUUCAUCAAAUUUGAAAAUGCUUAUAUUGAAACAUGCUUGGACUUCAUUAAAGACCAUCUGGUCAACACGGAAACCAAAGUUAUCAAAGCCACAGGUGGAGGGGCACACAAGUUCAAAGAACUCAUCGAGAGGAAACUCGGACUCAAAGUGGACAAAGAGGAUGAGAUGACCUGUCUCAUCAAGGGUUGUAACUUUGUGCUGAGGAACAUACCCCACGAGGCUUUCGUGUACGCCAAGCACGCCGACUCAGAGUUCCGCUUUCAGACCACUCAACCAGACAUUUUCCCUUACCUGCUCGUAAACAUCGGCUCUGGGGUAUCCAUAGUCAAGGUUGAGUCAGAGGACAAGUUUGAGCGAAUUGGAGGAAGCUCAAUCGGCGGAGGAACGUUCUGGGGCCUUGGAGCCUUGCUCACCAAAACAAAGAGAUUUGAUGAGUUGCUACAAUUGGCCUCUAAAGGGCAGCACACAAGUGUCGAUAUGCUUGUCAAAGAUAUCUACGGAGGAUCUUACGGGUCUUUGGGCUUGACUGGAGAUCUUAUUGCAAGCAGUUUUGGAAAGUCUGCUACUGCUGACAAAGAGUUCUCUAAAGAAGACAUGGCCAAGAGCUUACUCCAUAUGAUCAGCAACGACAUCGGGCAGCUGGCCUGUCUGUAUGCCAAGCUCCACAACCUGUCCAGAGUUUACUUUGGAGGCUUCUUCAUCAGAGGACAUCCUGUCACCAUGCACACAAUCACCUACAGCAUCAACUUCUUCACCAAGGGUGAAGUUCAGGCCUUGUUCCUAAGACAUGAAGGCUAUCUCGGAGCCAUCGGAGCAUUUCUCAAAGGAGCAGAGGAGGACAAUCCAAACCAGUACAGCUGGGGUGAGAAUUACGCAGGAAGCUCAGGCCUGAUGAGCGUUUCUCCAGAUAUGAAUCCCAUGCAACGUGCGCGUAGUGGAACGUUUGACAUGUUGGAGAUGGACCGUCUGGAGAGGCAGCUGGUGAAUCUGCCACUGCUGCAGGACCCUUCAUCUUACAUCCCCGACACUAUGGACCUCACAGAGGAUGCUGUGGCCCGUGAAUACUGGCUGUCCUGCUUCGAAGAGGCCCUAGAUGGGGUGGUUAAGAGAGCUGUUGCGAGCCAGCCUGACAUGCCGGAGGCAGCCGAGCGAGCCGAGAAGUUCAGUCAGAAAUACAGACACAAGCUUCAGACCCUCCGCCAUCAGCCUUUUGCUUACGGAUCCCUCACUGUCAGAAGUCUGUUAGACACGAGGGAACACUGUUUAAACGAGUUCAACUUUCCUGAUCCCUACUCUAAGAUUAAACAGAGGGAGAAUGACAUGGCUCUCAGGUAUUACCAGAAGGCAGUGAAUUCCCUGGAGGAGUUGAGCUGGGAGGAGAGACAGUUCGCCCUGGUCAGGGGCGUCCUGGCGGGAAAUGUUUUCGACUGGGGAGCCAAGGCUGUGACAGACGUCCUCGAAUGUGAUUCUCAGUUUGGGUUUGAGGAGGCUAAACAACAGUUAGAAGAGCGACCAUGGCUUGUUGAUUCCUAUGAUCAGUGGAUUGAGAGACUAAAGGGUCCUCCUCAUAAGUGUGCCUUGUUUUUCGUAGAUAAUAGUGGAGUAGACAUCAUUCUAGGGGUGAUCCCUUUUGUCAGAGAGCUUCUCUCUCGAGGAACAGAGGUUGUGUUGGCCAGCAACUCUGGUCCAGCUUUGAACGAUGUAACUAAUGGUGAACUGCAAAUAUUGACCGAACGAAUCGCAGCUAUGGAUCCAGUGAUUCAGGCCGGGCUGAGGGAGGACAGGCUCACGCUGGUGCAGAGUGGCUCCAGUUCACCCUGCCUGGAUCUGAGCCGUCUGGACAAAGUGCUGGCGAUGGUGGUGCGGGAGCGACAAACCGACCUGGUGAUCAUUGAGGGAAUGGGCCGAGCCAUUCACACCAACUACUACGCCAUGCUCAGCUGCGAGAGCCUCAAGAUGGCUGUCAUCAAGAACUCGUGGCUGGCCGACCGACUGGGAGGAAAACUGUUCAGUGUGGUCUUCAAGUAUGAGGUACCUGCUGGAAAAUCCAGCCAGCACUCAAACGUCCUAACGCCAUCAUGAGCCCCACAGAGCUAGAGUCUGAGCAGGACACCGAAGAUGAGCAACCAGACUGGUUUAGCUGGAGCACUGAAUGUAAGGACAGUGAUCAUAUGCUGCCACUUAGUGAAUGACUGAUUGCAAAGCUGAUUGUACAAGUUAGGCAGUUUUUAACAUUGAUCAUUAAGAGAGAGGUUUUACAUUUAAUCUUCAAACACUGUUCAUUUUAGUGCUUGUUUUAUGAACAUGUUUUACAUUGUUUUGCAGGCCUCUGUCCAGCACCCUGUACAGUCACUUAGUUUGCUACAGUCAUUACUGCCGAUUGAUCUCAUGCAGCAUCUAGAAUUUGAAAAACUCUCACACUUGUUUUGUAAUAUUUUGCAUCAGCCAUUUACAUGCUGCCAACACACAACCUUGUGCAACCAUAUGGGCAAAUGUGUUGUUUUUGCUGGAGUGUGUUUGUGUGUUGGAGAGAGAGCAUUAAUUACUGCCUUCAGCGGUAACACUUCUUCGAUAAAGACUAUUUCAUGUGCCUUGAGGCUGAUGUGAUAAAAGCAUCAUUCAUUUAGAUCGUGUUUAAUUCCUGUUGAAGGCUAUGAUUCCACAAAUGUCUGCUUCUGUUUCUCUGCAGUCUAAUGCCAUAGUCUCGGAAGAAUCCAUGGAUCUCCUGUGUUUUAUUACUGCCAGUGAAUGAACUGAGAUUAAGAAAUGAAUCACUAUCACUUGUGUAGCUGUCAAAGUGCAUCAGGGAAAACUUUUGAACAGUGGAAGAGGCAGCACUUUAUCACAAUGAGAUUUGGUCAUGUUCCUCCACAAGGUGGCACUAUUCUACUGUGACAUAGGUUUUUAUGAUUUCUCAGAUCUUUCCCAAGGUGCUUGGUGUCAAAAAUUAACACUGCAUAUUUCAGGUCAACUAUUCCUACUGUCUAAUCAAAGCAUCACUUGGAACUUUUGGUCACUGAACUGGCUGUGGCAUGAGUCCAGGGAUUCGUUGUAAUUAACUGGCAUGUUUAAGCACAAGCUAUAAUCCAUCCCUAAAUCAAAAAUGCAAUUGUUUGAUGGCAAUAAUACUGCAGCAUGUAGUUGUAACAAACCACACUGUGUGACUGUGAAGCAGCUGAAUCUUUUGGUGACUUCAUUGUAGAUAUAUGAAUUCAAAGCAGGAUCUGAUUUUAAAGGCAAAGUUGCAGUUGCUUGACAUAUGGACUCAAAUUGCAAUAUUGUUGUCAUAUGUGCGUACAUAUGAUAUACAGAUGUGUGUGUAUAUACAUAUAUAUACAUAUACAUACACACAUAUAUAUAUAUAUCUAUACAUAUAGAUAAAUAUAUAUGUAUAUAUAUAAUUCAUUUGCAUUACUUCAGUUAAGCGCAUCAAGCACAAUUUUGUGUAUUAUUCUCCUGACAAUCAAUUUUAAUUAAAUUGUGAAAACUUUUA